UGUUGAUGUUAAUUUAAAGGCAAUGACAACUCUACGUGGCUUUUCCCUAUUCAUCAAGUGAAUCUGAAUGUGUAACUCUACGUGUGCGAGAAUUAGAGAAUCGAUAGUUGAAACCAAUCGUGGACACCGUUAACACCCUUUACGUCCCAUGUUGGGACGAGGGACCGAGGUAAUCCAGCUCGCUAUGCGGGACGAUUCGGCACCGACCGAGGACAAAAAUAACACCGAGGCACGGUCAACAAAACGGAAACUACCCGUUGUUUCGCCGUCGUCACCCGCGGUCUUCCCGUCGGAUAAACACGUCCGUAUUGGAGCAUAUUUGCUGGGUGCAAUGACACGGUUUGUGGCGAGGAAUCCCGAGCUGUUUAGCCUCUUCUUGACGGCAGUGUUUUCUGUUGUGGUUUCAAAGCUUGCUCAAAAUGGCGGAGCGACCCAAACUACAGCUGUUCCUCUUCCUAUAUUCCCUAAAGGUUCUCCAGUCUAUGAGUUUACAGAUGGCAAUAUGCUCAGUGCGACGUUAGAAAUCCAGCGGGGGAACAAUGAGUUUUCCUUUGUGAUGUAUUACGCCCACUGGGAUGGGAACUCCAGAGAUGUUGCUGUUGAGUUUGAUAAAGCAGCAAGGCAGCUGUCUCAUCAGGUAACCUUCGUUGCUGUGAAUUGCUGGUGGAUGCACGGAUCCUGUCGGCGACAAAUCAGCACGCAAAUGUAUCCGGCACUGCUGGUCACAGUACCGAGUGUUAGAAGCGGACUUCAGUUUACCGGGAUACAACAUGCUGAUGAAAUGCUGUCCUUCUUGCGCCAGAUAUUGAGUCCCUACACAUACAUAACGGACAUGAAGGCAUUUUACAGACUGCACGCUAAGCAUGGGGCUGUGGUCCUUGGUUACUUUGAUUCCAGUAGCUUCCCUACUCCAUCAGGAUUCGCCACUUUCCAGAAGGCUGCAUGGCUUGGGAUUGAGAAAGACCCAAUUGAACCAAUCGCUUUUGCUGUGGUUACUAACAGUAGACUUGCAAAGAGUUUUGGGUUGCAGGAGACUCGAGAUGUAGCCAUUAUAAGGACGUUGAACUCGACCAUGUUUUACCCAAAGGAUGCAACUUUCAAGGCUAAACCUAUUGUAGAAUGGGCGUACAACCAUCGAGAAAUUGUUGUACAGUGGUUAGCACCAGCUGGUGUGAAGAGUACUAUAAUGGUCAGCCAGAUAGGAGGAUCACCAGCAGUGGUCCUGUUGACUCCUCAUGAUGACCAACAAGGCCUCGCUAACAACUUCUACCUGCUUAAAGAAGUUGCCUUGCAAUAUUACAACUGUGGGAACACCAGACACGUCAGGAAUUUAGUCAGAACUCUUCAUCGAGCAAGGGAUGUAGACCAAAAAGAUUGCGAGGACUUUGAAGAAGCUAGUGAAGAUGAUUAUAUGUCAAAUGAUUGCGAUUGCUGUCAGACUCUAGCCAACAUACCAAUCACAAUGGCUUCACCUCAUGGACGCAAUGUCUGCCAGGUUUGUGAGCAGUCUUCAGGGCUAUUACCUCACUCCUGCAGCCCAUCUCACCGACAUGACCAAGCCACAAUGUUGAAUCUGAUCCACGGUAUGGCAUCCCUCGUUCCCAAUACCUGCCUCCAUAUGAACUAUUACUACAGUCCUUUCAGUCGCCUUCAGUUGUGCUGCAUGCAGUGUGACGAGCCUCAACAACACAUGUGCUGCCAGAGUGAACAGUGUGCCCUUACUAAAAGGAGUGCAAUUAAAUCAGACUGCCACCAGGUACCAAACCUGGCUAAUAGUGACAGAAAAUGCCAGCAGACUUUCAAAUCCACGUCUGGUAAGACGAAAUGGACAAGUGCUUCCUCCAGUACAAUAAGAAAAUCUGGGUGUCACUCGCAAAGUUCACCGAGUGACGUAUUUCAUGCACAUUUAGGUCAAUUUACUGGGCUGGGAUGUAGGACUAAUCGAACAGUAAACUUCUUUGCAAUGAGGUCAGAGUACUUCUGGGUGUUUGCAGAGCGACUUGGAAUCGCAAAUAUUAGUGACUUUAAAAACUCGGGUGAGAAAGCGCUGGUCUUACUUGAUAUAGAGGCAGAGCAGCAACAUUUUCUUAACGAGGCUGUUACAACCACCGCAAUAAAACAUUUUAUAUUUAAUUACACAAUGUCCAAUUUGACGAGACAUCUACGUUCGUCUAGACACAGUAUUAAGCCAAGUUUUUGUGGUCAUGCGUCCAGUAUUUGUGUCCAGGAAGUGGUCUCCUCUACCUUUACAGAGCUGGUUUUGGACAAUGAAAAAGAUGUGCUGUUACUGUACUAUGCACCGUGGUGUGGUUUCUGCAAGAGAAUGCAUCAUCUGUACCUCAUGCUGGCCAAAGUCUUCCAGAAAUCAUCCAAUCUUAUAAUUGCGAGAAUUGAUGGUGAUGCCAAUGACCUUCCGUGGCAUCUAACCCAUACCUCCUACCCAGCUCUGCUUAUGUUUCCUGCGGGUAGAAAAGACCGAAGCCAGAGAUUUCCAACAUCCUCCACACUCAAUCUCCCGAAUAUGAUCAAGUUUGUGCUUCAACAUACGACGUUACUUCCAUAAAGACAAGUCAGUACCAAGGUAUUUUUUUUUAUUCCUGCUCUUCCAUUGCCACUUUUCUUUCACAUCGAAGGGUUUGGGUAGUUUUUGUAGGACACAAAACACAUUGUCCACAGAUUUACACU